AUGUGUUGCAACUACAGCAACUUCUGUGGCUAUGGCUGCAGAUAUGGCUAUGGCUGUGGCUGUGGUCCCUAUUACGGCUGCACUUAUGGAACAGGCUAUGGCUGUGGCUAUGGAACUGGCUAUGGUUGUGGAUAUGGCUCCCGAUAUGGCUGUGGAUAUGGCUCCUGCUGUGGCUAUGGCACCAGAUAUGGUUGUGGCUAUGGCACCGGAUAUGGCUGUGGCUAUGGCUAUGGCUCUGGUUGCUGUACCUACCGGCCAUUUUUCUAUCGAAGAUGCUAUUCUUCUUGCUGCUAG